AUGCUUCUUCUUCUUCUCUUCUGCUUUGAGCCUUUGAUUCUUUAUCUUCUUUUUCUUCCUUCGAUCCAGCCAUCUCCUCCGCCUAGCCAAUUCGACCCUUCUCUGCUAUAUACGAUCCCUCGAAUUUGUAGGAUUUUUGCAAUUUUUGGAAACAGAUCUUUGAAAUCGGGAAAUUUCAAGGAAUCUAAAGUUGGGUUGUUUAGUCCUCAGCUACAUAGAAGUUCUACAUAA